AUGCUAUGCGAAAAGUUCCUACAAACCUUCAAGCAUGGAAAACUGAAAGGAAGGGUCAGCGUAAGGAUUGACAGCUUGCUGGAGCUGCUCAUCAAGCUGACCACAGAGGCAGAGAAUGAGCGAAGCGAGGAGUCUAGAAAGGCCGCUACAGAUUGCAGCAGCACCACGAAUCUCGUAGCGCUGCAGUUACAAAGUACCGUGGCAGGCAGAACCUGGAAACAAAUAACUGGAAAUGGACGGUGGGAAGUGGAGGAUAAUGGACGCGUUUAUAACGUCCGCGAGCAGUUCUGCCCUUGCGACAGUGAGCGCAACAACCAUUGCAAGAAGGGUAGCUGCAAAGCAUGUCCAUACGCAUUCACUUGCAACUGCGCACUGAAUGCUAGAAGCGGAAUAAACUAUUUACACGUACAUGCUGCCCUCGCAUAUGCGCCAUUAUGUUCGAGAGUAGUAGAAGAACAGCGGAUUGUACAAUCGGCGUAUCUCCUAGAUAGCAGCGAAGAGGAAGAACUGGUAGACUUGCAAGAAGCUAAGCCUUUAUACGUGGAGAAUGAUGAGGAGGACACCGUUCCACUAAGAUGUCUAUAUACUGACAGUCGCGACAAAGCUCAAGAUGCCCUGAAGGAAAUAGAAAUGCGAUCCCACUUGCGGUGCGAGGAAGCAAAACGCUCAAAAACUCUCGAUAUACCUGACUGCGCACCAGAUGAGAGGAAUAUGUGCUACCCUUCUGCCCAGAGUGAGAAGGCUGGAUGCACACAGAGUGUGUAG